AUGGGGGCGUCGCCGCGGGCGAAGCGACCGAGCGCGCGCGAGCUCGAGCGACGACGACGGACGCGGACGCUCGCGCGAUGGCUCGCGCUCGCCCUCCUAGGCAUCGUGACGGUGCUCUUGAAGACGACGUAUCCUGGCGAUCGAACGAUCCGGACGGCGAGCGAAUCCUGGGCGCGGUUGAUGUUCUCCCGGCGAGGGUUCUCGUUUGGUCGACUGUACGAACGGUCGUACGCGCGGACGGUGCGGAUAGACGCGAAGGAGGGGUCGAUCGAGACGACGCGACGCGCGCACGUGGUGCAGGGAACGAUUGCGAAUCGACCGCGGUGGACGAAGGAUUUGAGGCUUCAAGACGUCGUGAACGAGGAGAAAAUGGAGGGGAGGAGAAAGAAGUGUUUCUUCUACGUCGAAUAUAACGAGCCGGUGCUCGUUUUAUACGAUGACGGGGAGGAGUUGAGGCAUCACUUGGAGUUGGACACGAACGGUUUGGACGUCGGACAGUUUCGGUGCACGUUCUUCAAGGGCGUGCGCAAGCCGUCCGAUGGGAAGACUUACGAUAAGGCGGGGUGGGAUAUCAUCGACGAGCCCGAGUCCGGGGGGAAAGUGGCCAUGAUGAGCACGGCGACGACGUUAGGGAUGCUCUCGGCGUAUCAUCGGACGCUGGUGAACCAUCAGGCGUACGCCGAGCACCACGGAUACGGCUCCAUCCUCGCGCUCGUUUCGCCCAAUAAGUUGGAGGGUAGAUCCGCGAAGUUCGCCAAGCACCUGUCGAUGGGCACGGAGGUGCUAAGGGGAGAAUACGCCAUGGUUUGCCACACCGAUCUCGACGCUUGGUUCGCCAGUUGGGAUCCGCUCAGUCGCUAUUCCAAGGACUGGCCGGAGAAGAAGAGUUUGUUCUUUGGUGACACCGGCCAGGUUUGGCUCAACUCGGGAUUGAUUUGCGCUCGAUCAAACGAGUGGACGGUGUCGCUGUUUGAGCGAACGAUCAACGCCGUUUACCAGACGGAGCCGGACCCGGAAACGGGAAAAAUAGUGAACCUCGGGUUCAAGCGAGACCAGCCCGCGUUGUGGCACGUUCUCGGCCUCGAGUGGGCAAACAACGAGCUUGUACCUUACAAAGGUCAGUCCUGUUCGAUGUGGUCAGAGUGUAACCCGGAUAGCAAUCCCAUAGAGUGCUGGCACUGGUGUUUCUGGGACGCCCUGCAGAGAACGCCUUCUGGCUGGAGAGGUUUGCACGACGUGAAUAAGUUUGCGCACGUGUUUCUCGAUCCACUCAACAAUAAACCUCAAAUGCAUAGAAUGUGUCUCUCGAGCUGCUACAGCGUUCUGAGUCGUGCGCAAAUGGAGAUUUGUUCUUCUCUCACCGGUUGGUCGCGCUGCUUGCCGAGAGACGUGGACAAGAUGUCUCUUUGCAACGGAGAGGGCUGCCUGAAGCAGCUCACAUCACAUGGUGGCGCGUGGCUCAAACACACCGGUCACCAACAUUGGCUCGACAAACUUCCCACGUGCAUCCCGCGUAGCAUGGAGGAGGCACAAAAGGAGAAGCGCUCGACGCUCAGCUUGUGCGAUAAAUCUAGAAUGUAG